GGCACUGAUGAGCAGCACUGCAUGGCACCAGUGGGUGACACUGAUGGGUACAGGUGCGUGGCACUGCAGGGCACCGGUGGGCGACACUGAUGGGUACAGGUGGGUGGCACUGCAGGCACUGGUGGGCAGCACUGAUGGGCACAGGUGGGUGGUGUCACAAUCAUGACCACAGGGAGAGCUGAUCACGUGAUGUGGUGAAAGGCCGAUCCCACCGGCCUUUUACCACGUGAUCAGCGGUGUCCAAUGACACGCUGAUCACAGGGAAAUGCAAGUGCCGGUUCUCGGCUGCACUUUCCUCACGCUGUCAGAUCGUGAGGAAAGUACUGCCGAGAACCGGCAGUUG